UUGGGCAUCGUACAUGCGUCCUGUCAAACUUAGAAAAGAUGCCGACAUUUGUUGUCUAUACCAAUUUGCCGACAAUACCAGAUGCGGACCAGUUUCUUCGGGAUGCAUCAAAAUUUGUUGCAGAUAGGUUAGCAAAACCAGAAAAGUUUGUGACUGUACGUGUUCACCCCAACCAGCUUAUGUCUCAUGGAGGUUCAACAGAUCCCUGUGGUAGUGUAGAACUGUACAGCAUCAACCUCGGUACAGACAAAAAUAAUGAACAUACAAAGGCCAUUGGAGACUUUAUUGCUGAUAAAUUGACGAUUCCAAGAGACAGAUUUUAUGUGAAUUUUAAUAGCCUGGAAAGGAUAGAUGUUGGAAUCGAUGGCAAAACAUUUGCUUGACCACUUCAACUUCUGAGUAAUGGUUUGUAGGAGUUACCUCCCUUCCACUUCACCUGCACCUGACUAACAACCUUGAGCCACUUGCAAAUCAUCUCAUUGUGUUGGUUUGUGAACUAAUCCGUCAUUCAAGUAUGAAGAGUACAGUGCCACAUGGAACAGUUGUUUAUUAUUUCAAAAUUGAAGCACUCUUUACACAAUGUAUGGUUGAAUCACUAUUGUGACACUUUACAAUUUAUCAAUAUCAUGUAAUGUACUAGACAUUUAACAAAUACGCCAGCGUACAUUGGUGACUGAAGGCAGUCAUUUGCUUUUGCAAGUCAUACCCAUGUUAUUUGAAUUAAAUAAAGAUUUUCUAAACAUGAA